AUGAGGUUGUUGGAGGAUGAAGUCAAUCAACUCCUUGAUAAAGAAGCCAAAAUGUGGAGGCAGUGGUCCAAAGUUGCAUGGCUCCGUGAUGGGGAUCAUAAUACUCAAUUUUUCCAUUACAAGGCUUUUCAGCUCCGUAGGCGAAACUAUAUUACUAGGUUGCAUGAUGCUAAUGGUGGAUGGUGCUUCAGCCAAGAUCAAGUUAAUGCCACCAUUGUAGACUUCUACCAAAAUCUCUUUACCUCGGGUAGCCCUAGCAAUUUUGAGGAGGUCAUUGAGAAUAUUCCACAAGUUGUAACCGAUGAGAUGAAUGAUAUGCUAGUGGCCGAAUUCAACAUUGAGGAAGUGGAGGUCGCUUUGAAGCAGAUAGCACCCCUAAAAGCCCCCGGUUCAAAUGGUUCUCUUCCUCAAUCCCUUUGCCAUUCUUUUAUUACAUUGAUUCCUAAGGUAAAGGAUCCCACAUAUGUCUCUAAGUUUAGACCUAUUAGCUUGAGCAAUGUUUUGUACCGUAUUUUUGCUAAAGUUCUAACCAAUCAUUUGCAAGCUAUUAUGCCUAAUAUUAUUUCAGAGCAUCAAAGUGCAUUCAUGUCUGAUAGAUUGAUUUCAGAUAAUAUCUUGGUGGCAUUUGAGACUUUACAUUAUAUGCGGAAUCACAAUAAGGGGAAAUCUAGAUUUAUGGCCUUGAAACUUGAUAUGAGUAAGGCAUACGAUAGGGUGGAGUGGGAGUACAUGGAGAAAAAUGGACCUAGAAUCACUCAACUCUUUUUUGCCGAUGAUAGCCUAAUUCUUUGCAGAGCUAGAGAAGAGGAAUGUCAAAGCUUGCUUGAGGUGUUGGCCAAGUAUGAUAGAGCUUCUAGGCAGCAAAUUAACCGUAAUAAGACCACUAUCUUCUUCAAUAAAUCCACCUCUACAGAUACUCAAACAGCAAUUCAAAACUUGUUGGGUGUUAAUGUUGUUUGGCAAUACAAGAAAUAUCUUGGACUUCCUUCAUUAGUUGGCCAAAAUAAAAAGGAAAGUUUCACCUUCAUCAAGCAGCAAGUAUGGAAGAGGAUUCAAGGGUGGGAGGGUAAGUUACUGAGUCAAGCGGGCCGGGAAAUACUAAUUAAGGCAGUGGCACAAUCUCUCCCAACUUAUACCAUGGCAUGCUUUAAACUCCCUACCUCACUUUGCCAUGAACUUGAGAGCAUGAUUUGUAGAUGUUUUUGGGGGCAAAGGGGUGAUAAUAGGAAGAUUCACUGGGUGAAGUGGUCAAAACUUUGUAAACCCAAGACACAGGGUGGUAUGGGGUUUAAAGAUUUGUCUAUAUUCAAUGAUGCACUCUUGGCCAAACAAACUUGGCACUUGCUCCAUGACAAGUCAUCCUUAUUCUACCAUGUUUUCAAAGAAAAAUUCUUCCCUAAUACCUCGGUUAUGGAGGCCAAAAUUCCAGCCAACUCCUCAUAUGCUUGGAAGGGUAUUAUGAAGGGUAGGAAUGUGAUCAAACAGGGAGCGAAAUGGAGGAUUGGGUCAGGCAGCCUUGCAAUCUGUUUGGAGAUCUUGGGCUUAAUGGAACCACAGCACGCUUCAGGUAAUAGGGAGCUCAACCUUUUUGCUACUGUUCUCUGGACAUUGUGGAAUAGGAGGAAUAACUUGAGCAAGUGGUUGAUUUUGCUCAAGAUUGAAUCCUGGAGAGAAUUUCUUGCAGCGUUGGUGUUCAACAAUCCUGACACCAUUAGGUAG